CGCCAAUGACUGUCACUUUGAACUUCAUCCUCAUACGUUCAACAUGCCUCCCAAAACUAGUGGUAAAGCAGCAAAGAAAGGCGGUAAGGCUAAGGCCACCCGUCCUACUGGCGACAAGAGAAAGCGAAAGAGAGGUAGAAAAGAAUCUUACGGUAUUUACAUCUACAAGGUAUUGAAGCAAGUUCACCCAGACACUGGUGUGUCAUCCAAGGCUACGUCGAUCAUGAACAGCUUCGUCAACGACAUAUUUGAACGUAUCGCCACAGAGGCCUCCACGUUGGCACACUACAACAAGCGUAGAACCAUUACCAGCAGAGAGGUUCAGACCGCUGUCCGUCUUCUUUUGCCCGGUGAGCUUGCCAAACAUGCAGUCAGUGAAGGAACAAAAGCAGUCACCAAGUAUACCAGUUCGAAGUAGUAUGCUUGUCAUAC